AUGUUGGGAAACUUAAAUAGUGCUAGCAGUAGUUUUCGCCAUUCAUCUCCACAAGUAAAAUCACUUGACAUCAGCGCCACUGAUUUAAGGUGCUGGACAUCAAAUAACCACUUUAGAACCAGUUCACAAGACAUGACAUCCAAAAUUCCUAUAACGACGAAAACCUAUGCAAUUCCUGGCUAUGCUGGGUACAUCCCAGGUGCCAAAGCUGACGAUAAUUUUGGUUCUUCAUUCACUAAAACAGUCAGACAGCAAUUCAACCGUGAUAAAUAUUUAAACCCGCGAUCAACUGAAAGAUUUCCUAACCGUCCUUAUGAAUCUUCAUCUCCAAUCAAAAGAAUGCACGGCAAGUUUGGUGGAGGCCUUGAGGAAGAAUACCAUACAAUAUCAAGAUUCCAUGGAAAAUGUAUACUAAUUGACCAAGAAUAGCCCACUAAGGAGCCAUUCUUGAUCUGCCAGAAAAAAUUUUGACAAAAGAUCCUAAUCUGCCAUUACCACUGAGUUUUGGUGUUUCCAAAUUUUUUGGGCAAGCCAAAUGAAAUAAAAAAAAUUGUUCUUUUGCGGUGAUGCAUUUGGCUUGUCAAAAAAAUUUGGCAACAUCAAAACUCAGUGAUAAUGGCAGAAAAGAUCCUAAUCUGCCAUUACCACUGAGUUUUGGUGUUUCCAAAUUUUUUUGACAAGCCAAAUGCAUCAUCGCAAAAGAACAAUUUUUUUUAUUGCAUUUGGCUUGCCCAAAAAAUUUGGAAACACCAAAACUCAGUGGUAAUGGCAGAUUAGGAUCUUUUUGUCAAAAUUUUUUCUGGCAGACCAAGAAUGGCUCCAUAGUGGGCUAUUCUUGGUCAAUUAGUAUACAAUACCUCAGACUCAUCCUAACUAUGCAGAUGACUCUUUUGAUACUACUUAUAGAAAAUCUUAUGUAAAUCAAGAAAAGAAAAGACCUGAAAUUUAUAGAAGCACAGAUGGGGAAUUUUGGAAAAGUGUACAGGUGUCUAAAAGACCAUCAACACAAGCCUCAGGGUUUGUGCAGAACUCAACACUUUUCGAUGGAUAUGGGUGGGAACCUAUUAAAAAGCUGCAUGGAGAUAUGACUGCGAGCGAAUAUAGAAGUAGGUAUAAUCCUCAGAGAGCUUUUCAUCCUCAGCCACUGAAGCAAAAUUUGAGAGCUUUGAAAAAGAAAGUUUUAGUUUAUUAA